AUGGAGCCCAAAAAUGCCAUCAAGAAUUCUCGAUUCUUCAAGAAACUAGCAAAAACUCGAAGAAAAACCAUAAUUCUCAUUGUAUUUCUCCCAAUUGUGGCACUUCUCAUCGCUCUACUUUUCAAGCUUCCGUCAUCAUCAAGAAUUGAUCAUCAACCGUUGAUUCAAUCUCCGCCAUUAAUCGGGCUCCAUUUAUUCAUCAAGAAAGCUUGUGCCACUACACUAUACCCUUCUUUAUGCCUAUCCAGCCUAUCCUCCAUUCAUGGCUCCAAGAACGCCACCAGUUUCCGUCGAAUUCUCGAGGUGGCAAUUAAUCAAACAGCUGGACACGUGAAGGCAACGGAACGUGAUAUCUUGGCUCAUUUUCAACACCAAGAUUUGAAUUCACAGGAAAAGAAUGCACUGAAAGAUUGCAUGGAAAUGUUGGAUCAAACCCUUUAUGAACUUGCACAAGCAGUUGAAGAUUUACGAAUUUCUCCCCCAUCUUAUGUUCGAAUAUCAUAUGGGAACAUCAAAACCCUAUUGAGUGCAGCCAUGACUAAUGAAAAUACCUGCAUUGAUGGGUUUUCAGACCUGGAAGAACUGAAUUUGGAUAAGCAAACGGGUCACAAAGAUCAUCUUCAGAAUUUGUUAACUCCAAUUUCUCGCAUGAUCAGCAAUAGUCUAGCCAUGAUCAAAUACGUGGAGAACAAAGCCUGGAAACAAAAUCUCAAGAAACCUAGAAUUCUGAAUACUAAAUUACCAGAAAAUGAUGAGUUUAAAGACUGUGUUCAUCAGAGGAGAACGAUGCAGGAAACUACAAACAGAUUAAGGCCAGAUGUGAUUGUGAAUUCAGACGGCACUGGAAAUUACACAACAAUUGGUGAGGCAAUUGCAGUGGCACCAAAUAUGAGUAUGAACAGAUUUGUUAUUAGAAUCAAGGCAGGAAUUUAUAAAGAAAAUGUGUUGAUUCCAAGAGAGAAGAUUAAUAUCAUGUUAGUUGGAGAUGGUAUGAACUCAACAAUUAUCAGGGGAUGGAGAAAUUUUGCAGAUGGCUUUUCUACCUUUGCAUCAGCUACCUUGAGACUUGGGAUGAGCAAUACCCCACUACUUUUAUCGCGUUGUCAACCCGUAGCCAGGCCUGGACGCUAUGGUCCUGGGCAGCCCUCCCGUUUCCACACCACUAAGAUGGGUCGUGCUCUGCUUUUACGCGCAACUUUAUUCACAUUACUAUCCUUUCCGUGGUGCCCUGUGGUGGGAGACAAAUUCUUAGCUACAGACUUAACAAUCAUAAACACAUCAGGUCCAGAAAAGCACCAAGCAGUUGCUCUAAGAGUAACCUCAAAUGCUGCAUUCUACCGUUGCGAGAUCAUUUCCCAUCAGGACACACUCUAUGCCCAUUCCCUCCGGCAGUUCUACCGUGAAUGCUCGAUUCAAGGCACGAUAGAUUUCAUCUUCGGUAAUGCAGCAGCAAUUUUCCAGAACUGCUCAAUACUGGUACGAAAACCGAAUCCCGGCCAGAGGAACGUCAUCACGGCUCAAGGGCGAGAAGAUCCAAACCAGAACACUGGCAUUUCACUGCAGAAUUGCACGAUAGAGGCUGCCCCGGAAUUCAACAUGACAGAGAGGAAAAACUUUGUUACAUAUUUGGGAAGGCCAUGGAGGAAUUACUCUAGGACUAAUAUAAUGAAUAGUUAUAUGGGUGACCUUAUACACCCUCAAGGAUGGUGCAAGUGGGAUGUGUAUAGCAAUUUGGGCACUGUAGAUUACAUGGAAUACUUAAAUUCUGGACCAGGUUCAGACACAAAACAUAGGAUUUCAUGGUCAGGGUAUAGGAAGAAUUGCACUGAAGAUAUAGCAAAGCAAUUUAGCGUCGAAAAAUUCUUGCAUGGAGCGGAGGAUUGGUUGCAGUCUACAGUUCUCCCUCUUUUCGAUGGCCAUGGACUUAUCAAUAAGACAGAAAUGCUAUGUUUGGUCCGGGGUCCAGAAUCCCCUCCCUUCUUCAACUCUGUCCCGAAGAGUAACUUGGACGAAUUUAGUUUACACUAA